AUGAAUUGUGUAAGGAAACAUAUUUUGAAAAGCAAAACAUAUUAUUUAUAAGUCUUAGAAGAUUAAAUGAUCUUAAGUGAAGUAAGUCUACUGAAUAUAUAUUAUAGCAUAAAAAUAUGUUGAAUCCUAAGUAUAUAAUACAAUAUAAUUUUGAAACAAGAGUAAUGUGGAAGGUUUCAGAACAAGAUGAAUUAUGUUCAUUUGGAAUCUACUAUGUGAAUCGAAUUAAAUGGUUUGAUUCUGAUCAUAAUUCUCUAAAUCUACUCAAAAUUCACUUGUCUCCUAAAGUAUUUUUUGGAAAUAUCUCUAUUUUUUAUGAUUCAGGUUCCAUUAUUGGAUCUGGAGCAUCUUCAAAAGUGAUACUAAAAUUUAAAUUAGGUUUGCUUAGUUAAAGUAAAGAAGAGUAUUCUUGAAUAUGCAGCAAAGUGCAUUUCUAAAAAGUAUCUCUUAUAAAAAAAGUCAUCUGAUCGAAUGGUAUAAAUUUUUUUAUUCAUUAUUAGAAUAGAUUAUAAUAAGAAAUUUAAAUCUUACAGAAAAUAGAUCAUCCUCAUUUUGUGAAGUUACAUGAAAUAUACCAAGGAGAGAACUCUUAUUAUUUAGUAACAGAUUACUUAUAAGGAGAUACUCUUUAUAAUUAUAUAAAAACCUUUCCAGAUGAUUAAAUACCUUCUCAUUAAAUCAGAGAAGCUAUCAAAGUUUAUAUAUAUAAUAUUUAUAUAGAUUAUAUUAACAGCAUUAAAAUAUUUAGAAAUUAACAAUAUAAUCCAUCGAGAUAUUAAAUUAGAAAAUAUUUUAUUAUAAAAAUAAAAUGAUAUUACUUCAUUAAAGAUAAUUGAUUUUGGUUUGGCUAUAUAUGCAUAACCUGAACAAAAAGUAAGUAUUUGUGGUACCCCUGGAUAUAUUGCCCCUGAAAUACUUAAAAAUUCUAAUAAUGAUGAAUAUUUCACUAAUAAAUGUGACAUUUUCAGUGCAGGAGUUAUCUUUUAUAAAUUGUAAGAUUAAUAAUAAUCAUAGAUUAACAAAGAAAACAUUGUUUCGAGCUUAAAAUACAAUGGAAAUUAUGGAACAAAAUAAAUUAUGUCAAGUCAAUUAUCAAGAUAUUGAAUAUAAAUUAUAAAAAGAGGCAAUUAGUUUAUUAAAAUCUAUGUUGGAUCCAAAUCCUAAAACUAGAUAUUCAGCAACAUAAUGUUUGGAACACCCUUAUUUUAGUUGUAAACUUGAGAAUAUUAAUAUCUUAUAAGAGAUCUUGGAUAAAGCUACAGGGUUUUCUGGUCUAUCAUAAAUUAGUAAAUUAAAUUAUUAUUAUUAUUUCUAUAGAAGAAUAUAAAGAUACCCAUUCUAUUGGAUAAGAAUGUUAAGCUGCUUAAAUUAAGAAAUGCAAUCCUACAUCUUAUCGAAUUAGAACAGAAUAAAGAAAAAGGACAAAAAGUCCAAGAAAAUAUGCUGAAUUUCAAUUUUAUUGUCCUUCCUUUUGUUAAAUGAAUUCUUUUGAAAGUUUAAGUAGUAAAGGAUCCUAAUCAUAUUCCAAUAAAGUAUCCAGAAUUGAAAACAUAAUUAAUGAUAAAUUAGAUUCGGUUAUUGAAGAAGAUGAAAAAUUUUAAUAAAAUGUUAAGUAAGUAUGUUAAAUUUGA